GAGUCGAGGCCUCGUCCGCAGCUCGCGUCUCCUCCUCCGCGUUUUGGACCGACAUGUCGGAGGAGAAGCUGCCGGGCUGCUGUCACGGUCCCCGGGGGAAGUAGUGGAGACGUGGAGGUCUGCUGGAGGAUUUUUUUUGUUUCUGAUGGGAAAGUGAUUACAGUUCGUGUCGUGCAGGGAUCGAGAUCAGAGGAAUCAACAACACACAGCGAGUGGCACCAUGCGCUGGAGCCCGGGGACGUGGCUGUGGCGAGCGGCUCUUUGCUGCAUGCUGCUGCAGACCUUCACGACCCCGGUCCGAGGUCUGAACAUGUGUAUGAGUGGCAGUGCUACGUCCUGUGAAGAGUGUCUCCUGAUUCAUCCCAGUUGCGCCUGGUGCGCACAAGAGGAUUUUGGGAAGGGGCGGACUCUGACCUCACGCUGCGAUUUCCCUCCGAACUUGGAGAAGAGGGGCUGCGAGUCUCGCUCCAUCGAGUUCCCCACCAGCAGCUUCUCCAUCCUGCAGAACAGACCCCUGAGUUCGAAGGGGUCCGGGUCCAGCCAGGACGACGUGGUGCAGAUUAUGCCUCAGAAAAUCUCCCUCAGUCUGCGGCCGGGAGACCAGACGUGGUUUGGCGUGGAGGUGCGGCAGGUGGAGGACUACCCGGUGGACCUCUACUACCUGAUGGACCUCUCUCUGUCCAUGAAGGACGACCUGGACACCAUCCGGAACCUGGGCACCAAGCUGGCCCAGGAGAUGGGGAAGCUCACCAGCAACUUCCGGCUGGGCUUCGGCUCCUUCGUGGAUAAGAACAUGUCGCCGUUUUCCUACACGGCGCCCAAGUAUCAAGAGAAUCCAUGCAGCGGAUACAAACUGUUCCCCAACUGUGUCCCCACCUUCGGGUUCCGCCACAUCGUCUCGCUGACGGACAAAGUGGACCGCUUCAACGAGGAGGUGCAGAAGCAGAUGGUGUCUCGCAACCGGGACGCUCCUGAGGGCGGGUUCGACGCCAUCCUGCAGGCGGCGGUUUGUAAGGAGGAGAUAGGUUGGAGGAAGGGGGCGUACCACCUGCUGGUGUUCGCCACGGACGACGUGCCGCACCUGGCUCUGGACGGGCGGCUCGGCGGCCUCGUGCAGCCUCACGACGGGCGGUGCCACCUCAACGACAGGAACGAGUACAGCGCCUCCACAAAGAUGGAUUAUCCCUCUCUUGCUCUUCUGGGAGAGAAACUGGCAGAAAAUAACAUCUUUCUCAUCUUCGCAGUCACAAAGCGACUCUACGUUAUUUAUAAGAACUUUACUGCGCUCAUCCCCGGAACCACAGUGGAAAUCCUGGAUCAGGACUCUAAGAACGUCAUCCAGCUGAUCAUCACGGCCUACAACAACAUCCGCUCUAAAGUGGAGCUGUCGGUGUGGGACCACCCCGAGGACAUCGGGCUCUCCUUCACCGCCACCUGCCAGGACGGGAAGCCGCUGCCAGGCCUCAGGAAGUGUGCCGACUUGAAGAUAGGAGACACCGUUUCGUUCAACGUGAGCGUGGAGGCGAGGAGCUGCCCGGGCCGCGGCGCCGACCAGAGCUUCACCAUCAAGCCGGUGGGCUUCAAGGACCGCCUGGAGGUGCUGGUGGAUUAUCAGUGUGACUGCGGCUGCAGCCGGACGGCACAGAGCAACAGCAGCAUCUGCAGCUCCAUGGGAACUUAUAACUGUGGCACGUGCCGCUGCGAGCCGGGCUACCUGGGCGCCCGCUGCGAGUGCCAGGAGGGCGAAGCCAGCAGCAUGUACCUCAGCGCCUGCCGGGAGGCCGAGGGGAAGCAGAUCUGCAGCGGGCGCGGAGAGUGCAGCUGCAACCAGUGUCUGUGCUACGAGUCGGAGUUCGGCAAGAUCUACGGAGCCUUCUGCGAGUGUGACGACUUCUCCUGCGCCCGGCACAAAGGCGUCCUCUGCUCCGGUCACGGGGAGUGUCACUGCGGCGAGUGCAAGUGUCACGCCGGCUACAUCGGAGACAACUGCAACUGCUCCACGGAGACGUCGGUCUGCGUUUCGGACGACGGGCAGAUGUGCAGUGGGCGGGGCAACUGCGUGUGCGGCCGCUGCCAGUGCACGGAGCCCGGCGCCUUCGGGGACACGUGUGAGAAGUGCCCGACCUGCCCGGACGCCUGCGGAACCAAGAGGGAGUGUAUCGAGUGCCGGCUUUUCAACUCAGGGCGACUUGCAGACAACCAGACCUGCCAGCGCCUGUGCAAGGAUGAAAUCAUCACUGUGGAGAGCUUCAACGCUGACGACCCCGGCGCUGUGCUUUGUCUCUACAAGACAGACAACGAUUGUGUCAUGAAGUUCACGUACUCGGAGCACGCCAGCGGACGAUCCGUCCUCACCGCUCUUAAAGAGCCAGAGUGUGCUGGCGGCCCGGACGCCAUGACGGUGCUGCUGGCCGUGGUGGGCAGUAUCCUGCUGGUGGGGGUGGUCCUGCUCGCCGUCUGGAAGCUCGCCAUCACCGUCCACGACCGGAGAGAGUUCACACGCUUCCAGAACGCACGCUCACGAGCCCGAUACGAGAUGGCCUCCAACCCUCUGUACAAGCAGCCCGUCACUACACACUUUGUGGAAACAGAUUUCGACAUGUACGGGAAGUCCUACAACGGAGGGGUCCACUGAUCCCUCGGCACAGGGGCGCGGCCGGACCGGUCCAACGCACAGAUCCCUGGAGGACUGAACUCAUCCCGCCGCUCGGUGCCGAUCGCUGACGUGAAACGAACUGGACUGUGUCCGAGGUCGGAGGCGGGAAUAUGUGGCCUUUUAAUCUCUACAGAGACGAUCGGAGCCGACCACAGAGAAAAUAUUUGACUUCCUCUUCUUCCUCCAUCGUGUGCGUCGGCGGUGGCGUCGGCCGCCGGCGGAGGAGCGAUGGUUCACAAACUCCUUAGUUGUGUUUAGAGAGAGGAAGUUAGCAAUGAGUUUAUCUGACGUCACACCAGAUCAACAAACUCUCGAUCAUGAAGUCCAACACUCCGACAACUUAAAACCACCGUUCACUCUUUGUACAGAGCAUCGACUUAUAUUUGUAUAUUUUUAUAAACACUUUAAAAAGCCCCUUAUUUUUAGUCUAAACUAUGCACAGGACUCAGAACAACAUGAAUUUCACUCCUCUUCAAAUUCACGGGAUUAUUAGUAAAAGCACAUGUUCCUGAAGGCGGCUGUGACGUGGUACUACUAACACUUACUAAGCAUUAGAUGUCUUACCUUCAGUUUGCACAGCGAAAGAUCUAGAUUUUCUUUAAUGUUUGUGUGUUGUUGUGUUUUUUGCUCCACUUGCACUCCACUCUCUCCAUCUGAACCCCAGGGUUUGUCUUUUUCUCAUCGAAUCAUGAAACCAUGAAAAGACCAAAACCAGCCAUGUGGUCGUCCGUCGGUACUUUGAGAAUUAGUGACCUCAGACAUAAAUAUCUGAAAACAUGAUUUAAAUAGAAAAUGCUUUAACAAUAAUUCAUUUAACAGUCAAUCAAUAGAUAAUUGAUCUGCGAUAAUUCCGAUGGUAAAAUUAACCUUUUUCCCUCAUAACCACUAAAUAUUUUCUAAUUCCAGCUUCAGGCUCCUUUUCCCACAGUAAAUAUAUAUUUUGGUUUUGUUUUGUUGAAUAGACAAAUUAUAGUAUGAGCUAAAGUGAAUAUUGAAUCAUUAUAUAAAGUAUUUAAAGCAUCAGGUUCAUCAGCCGAUCAGAUUCUACAGGCUGUGUGAAGCCGUACGCUGAUGACACACCGCUAUUUAUGGUUUCUUUUAAAACUGGUGGACAUGAAUUUCCAGAUUUCAAUAAUUCUGAAAGGAACUAGUUCAAGAACAAGAGCUAAUUGGGUGAAAAAGAACAAGCAGUGCAGAGGUGUGGCUCCCUGAUGGAUCCCUGAUGGAUCCCUGAUGGAUCCCUGAAGCAUUGAGGAGACACACACACACUCAAUUAUCUCCAGUAAAUCAGUUCCUGGCUGGUUUUGGUCUUUUCGUUGAAUUUACAUGUGACAGUAAGAAUAAUAUAAAAUAUCACCGACCUCCAAACGCUUCACUUCACAAUCAGAAACACAUGUUCCCACUGGGGUGACGGCCUGGAAGAAUUCUCAUGUGCUCGAGUAAAUAUGUCACACCCAGGAUAAGAUCACCUCCCAGCUGCUGCAGUGGUUUGAGGCUCGGCCGGUUUGUGACUGACUCUCUCUCUCUCUCUGAGGUGCCCUUGAGCAAGGAGUUUGACCCCAGCUGCUCAGUGGCCGGCGGGUCAGACUGUGGUUCUGAUGUGUGAACGUCCCGGAUGAUUAUAGGCUGAUAUUGGUAACACAGUGUGUCAUAUGUUCCCCUGUGAAACUGUCGUCCAGCUGUGGGAGUGGGUGGAAACAUCUGGAAAUCCUCUGAGGGGAGGAGUCUGACAGGGGGACACGUCAGGUGGGCGGAGCUCUUGGGCCCUUUUCCUUCUUUCCAUGGUCGUACAGUGAAAGUGGCCUCGGCCGGGCGUUGGUGAUUGAUUGGAGAGUAUGUAAAUAUGAUUUCCUUUGUGUACUUUACUACACACUGUGCCAAAUGAAAUGAGGUGGUGGACGUGUGACGCCACUCGGCUGUGCGUCCUGACUCAUCAGUCACCAGAGCAGCAUUCCUCCUGAAUGUGUGACCCGCACCAGCACAUACGUGUUUAUGUAAAACCGCACAGAGCAAGAACAAUAAAUCUGCUUAUGUCAAAAGUCA